AUGGAAUACGUGAGGCUUGGGAACAGUGGCCUGAAGGUCUCCAAGAUCAUCCUCGGAUGUAUGGCCUUCGGCACCUCUCAAUGGGAAGGCUCACCAUGGGUCCUCGAUGAGGCAGAAGGUCUGGAGUUGCUCAAGGCAGCUUACGAUAACGGUAUCAACACAUGGGACACUGCCGACACCUACUCAAACGGUCAUUCUGAGCUUGUAAUCGGAAAGGCUCUCAAGAAGUUUAACAUCCCUCGACAAAAGGUGGUCAUCUUGUCCAAGAUCUUCAACCCAGUAAUGGACGACAACUCGAGGCCCGCGAGCGUCAACGAUGGUCCUCUAGUCAACCAGAUGGGACUCAGCAGGAAACACGUGUUCCACGCGGUUGAUAAGUGCCUGGAGCGCCUCGGCACCGACUACAUUGAUGUUCUUCAGAUUCACCGUCUUGACCGCGAAACCCCGCCCGAAGAGAUCAUGCGAGCCCUCCACGAAGUCGUUCAGUCCGGUAAAGUCCGUUACAUCGGAGCGUCCUCCAUGUACACAUGGGAGUUCGCCCGUCUGCAGUACAUCGCGAAGUCCAACGGCUGGACCGAGUUCAUUUCAAUGCAGCCGUUUUACAACCUGCUCUACCGCGAGGAGGAGCGCGAGAUGUUGCCAUUCUGCCAAGCGACCGGAGUGGGUGUCAUUCCUUGGUCUCCGAUCGCGCGCGGUAUGCUCGCGAAGCCACUGGCAAAGGACAAUGCGGACAGCACUUCGCUACGUGCACAGACGGACAAGAAGACACAGGCAUGGUUUGCUGAUGCAAACUUGGAUAUUGUAAGCCGCGUGGAGGAGGUUGCGAAGAGGAGGGGCGUCAGCAUGGCACUCGUGUCUACCGCGUGGGUGCUCCAGCAGGGCUGCUACCCAAUCGUUGGGUUGAAUUCCGAGAAGCGGAUUAAGGAGACGGUAGAAGCGCUGAAGUUCAAGUUGACGGAAGAAGAGUGUAAAUACUUGGAGUCCGAGUACAAGGCCAGGGCCAUUCAGGGCAUGUAA